AUGCAUCAUCUCCGUGAUACACUGCUCAGUCCUUCACCAAAAGGCCCACCUGAGCUCAGCAUGGCAGGCGAUACAGUUCGAGAUCAACAAGACACGCGCGAAUGCAUCGCUCAUGGCGAGCUCAAGGAGGUUCGAGGAGCAGCCUUCUAUCAUCGAACUUCGAUCGUUACGGGGCGAUACGCAAUAUCGGAGACGGAGUAGACGCCCUGGAAGACUAUCUCCACUCCCUGUGAUACAUGUAUCACCAGCUUGGUCGCCAUACAUCACACGAAACGACAGCUGACGAUCGCUUGGUCCUCGACAUCUCCGCAUACAGGGACUUGGUCCGCUGACUAGGCCUGCGCGCGGAGUUUACGGACUCGACAUAGCUCGCACGGUUGAGGGCACGCUUUGGAAUGAUUUGCUAUUCCUGGUCACUGACAUGACCGACUAUUGGAUCAACAAUCGCGCGUCUAUGUCGUGUGAACAGCGCUUGAAUUUGGCGACCUUCUUAGUUAAACUGGCGUCAGCCCGUGUUAGCAAGGACAGAGUGUGCCAGAUAGCUCUCCUUCUGUUCCGCUGGGCCUUUGGGGAGGGACGAGAACUGACCUCUGCAGAGGAUUCCGACGGGAAAAAUACGCAUCGAAGCAUUUCAAUGCUCGUUGUCCAGCACCUGAUACCUUCUGCUUGUGCGUGGAUCAAGGAGGCCGGUUACAAUCUGAUACUACUCUCGGAUGUCCCUUGGAACGAUUGCCCAAGCACUAUUAGUCGGGGUGGCCCGAUGUUCGUAGAAUCAGAGUUUGGAAAGCGAUCGCCGACUGGUUUCACGCCAUGGAGAUGGAUGUUCUAGCUCAAGCGUCUGCACGAGACUCAGGCACACCUUACCCCAAGUCUGCAUGUGCUGCAUGUGCUAGGCGGCGCUCCAGGGUGGUGGAAUUUGUUGAGUGUGGCCGAGUUGACUGGGAGUCAUAGUACAUCAACAACGAUUGCGCCUCAUGUUGAUUGUCCACGUAUCUUGCAAGUCACUAUGCUUCCAAGCAGAAAGAGCCCAAUUGCUGAACAGCAUUGUACCGAUUGCCCAUAGGCGCGAUGAGU